AUGUCCUCCGGUGAAAUAAGAACAAGGAAAAUUUUGGAUGCGGAAACUAAAUAUUCAUACUGGCUGACUAUAAUAUGCGAGGACCAUGGCGUAGUGCCACUACACUCCACAUUACAUGUUUAUGUUGAAGUUGAAAAUAUCAACGACAACUUUCCUAUGAGUGUGAAGCCAAUUUAUGAAGCCUGGGUAUUGGAAGAGUCGACAGAAAUAAUGAGUGUUGUACAAGUGUUAGGAAUGGAUGCAGAUUUGAAAAAAUCCACUCUUUCUUACUCUAUAAAAAGUGGAAAUGACCUUAAUUACUUCAGCAUCAAUGAGACUUCAGGGCUGAUCAAAACAACUGGGAGAAAGAUUGAUAGAGAAAUAAAGGAUGAAUAUUUACUUGAAGUUGAAAUAAGAGACAGCAUGGAACCAACGUUGGCAUCGAUAGUACGUGUCAUUAUUAGGGUGAAAGAUAUAAACGACAAUGAUCCAGAAUUUGAUCAGUCCUAUUAUCAUGUGACAGUUCCAGAAGUUAAGACUUCAAAUUUGUUUCUAAUCCAGGAUGAUGAAAGUUAUGAGGAGGGGACAAUUUCAGAUGAGUUUUUUGGGGCGUGGGAAAACUUUCCGUCUCAUCAAAAUUCAGGAGUACAAAUUUUUAGGGUUAUUGCAUCAGACAAAGAUAUCGGAGAAGGAGGAAUAUUAAAUUUUAGCCUAAAUGCUGGAAAAGGAAAAGGAAGAUUUUCCAUACAUCCAUCCACUGGAAUAAUAUAUGCCGAGAAGCCUUUAUUAAGAGGGCAUCUUUAUAAUAUUAAAGUAAUGGCUUCUGAUAAUGGAAAACCAAGGAAGAAUUCUACAGCCAGGGUGACAAUCAAAGUUGUUGGUGUGCCUGUUUCAUCAAGUCAUUCACCUGUGUUUAAAACCACUGAUCAAUAUAUCGAGCUGAUGGAAUCUGAUGAAAUCGGAUAUAUGGUCUGGUUGGCACAAGCUACCGAUUCUGACAGCACUGAUUUAUACUAUAACAUAACAAGUGGUGAUGACAUGAACUAUUUUAGCAUCGGCAGAGAUAAAGGAAAUGUUGUUAUUGCUAAAAAAUUGGACAAAGAGACUCAAAGUAGUUAUAAUUUAACAGUCAGUGUUACGGAUGGUGUUCACACUGCAUAUACUAAGCUACUUAUCAAAGUGCUUGAUGUCAAUGAACAUUCGCCCAAGUUAUCUUUAACUGAGUACAAUUUGGCUAUCUGCGAGUGUACAAGAAAAGGAACAGUUAUAUUAAAUAUUAGUGCAACAGAUGAGGAUUACAACUCGAAAUUUAUUUAUCAUAUAAUAAAUGCACAAAGCAAGGAGUCAUUGAAAUUGUUCAGCAUCGAUUAUGAGACGGGAGCUUUAAGUGUAACGAACUCACUGGAUAGGGAAUCGAUGGCUUAUCAUGUCCUAACUGUUGCUGUGAGUGAUGGUGGUACACCUGCCAGACGGGAUUUUGCCAGAAUUAACAUAAAUAUAACGGAUGUGAAUGACCACAUGCCAGAGUUUAGCGUCGACGUCUUAGACACAAGAGUUUACAGCGUCUCGACUGUAGGCACAAAAAUUGCCACUAUUCUUGCUACAGACAUGGAUGAGAUGGAAAAUGGAACAGUCAGAUAUAGUAUAUUGUCUGGUAAUGAUGGAGAGAAAUUCAAGAUUGAUAGCAUUUUGGGAGAAUUGACCCUGGCUAAAUUACUAGACAGUAGCAGUUUAUUUCAGUACACGUUGAUUAUCAAAGCAGCAGAUUCAGGGGUUGAACAAUUACACAAUACUUUACCAGUGCACAUUUUGAUUUCAGCACCAGGUGAUAUACCACCAAAGUUUCAAUACAAAGAGCUCAGUGCUGAAAUAUAUGAGAACUCUCUGCCUGGAUCAUUUGUAAUUCAGUUGGAAGCCCAUGGAUGGGGUCUCAUGUUUGAAAUCACAGAUGGAAAUGUUGAUUCGUCUUUUAAAAUUAAUCCAACAACUGGCACAAUAACAACAAAUUAUGAACUAGAUAGAGAAAUAAGAGAAAGCUACAAUUUAACUGUAGCUGCCUUUAACAUGGUCGGAGGGACGAAUGUAUGCAAAGUUUACAUUUAUAUUCUUGACCAAAAUGAUAAUAUGCCUCAAUUUUUAAAAACUGAAUGGAACGCUUGGAUACUUGAGAGCGCUGACGUUGGCUCUUUUAUAUUGGACAGCGAUGGAAAACCCCUUAUUCCUUUGGCAUCUGAUAAAGAUCAUCACAUCAAUGCCCUUUUGAAUUACCAAUUUUUAACACACAAUAACUCUUCCAUGUUUCACAUUGAUUCGAAUACAGGAGCUAUCCGAACCGUAGUUUGUUUGGAUUAUGAAAAGACACCGAACAUGACACUUAGUUUGAUUGUAACUGACAAAGGUAUUCCAAGACUGACCUCAGACACAGCAGCAAUAAUUCAUUUGUCGGUUAUUGAUGUCAACGAUUCUCCUCCAAUUUUUUCACAGUCACAAUACAAUAUAACAAUGCUGUGGCCGACUUUUGACGAUGUUACCAUUAUUCGACUGAAUGCAACAGAUGCAGAUUCUGAAGGUUCAACGAAACUCGAGUACUCCAUAGUUGAUGGUAAUAAGAACGGAAUUUGCACCAUCAACGCUACAACUGGUUUAAUUACAGUAAAAGAUAAAACAAAAUUGAGUCUUUCAUCUCAAAAAUUAAGGGUAGCUGUAACUGAUGGAAAGUAUAAAACUGAAGCAUUUGUUUACAUUAAUUGGAUGCAGAUUCCAAACAAUUAUCCUAAAGGGUUAAUCUUUCCAAAGAGCGGCUACCUUGGUGCUGUUUUAGAAAAUAGUACUCAAAUUGUUACAGUAGUCGUCGUCAGUGUUAGUGGAACUGAUUUAAAUGAACAUAUAGUAUUUUCCAUUUUGAAUCCAACGCCAGAAUUUUCAAUUGGCGAGAUCUCAGGAGCGAUUAGAACAACUGGAAUCCCACUUGAUAGGGAAAAGAAAGAAUUUUAUAAAUUUAUCAUUCAAGCUGAAAGUUCAUUAACGAAAAGAAUAGCAAGAACUGAGGUAAAUAUAACUGUGCUCGAUAUAAAUGAUAACUGUCCAAUUAUUGCAAAUCAAAAUAUGAUAGCAGUAGUUUCUGUUUCUGCAAGAAAAUACCAUUUUAUUGGAAAAAUAAUCGCGUUUGAUUAUGACAAAGGGGAAAAUGGAGAAAUACACUAUGAAUUUGAAAGAUAUUCUGAGUAUUUUAAACUAUGCACAAAAUCUGGUAACAUAACUCUAAGGCAACAGUUACCAGCGCAAGUCAGAGAGUACAAUUUAGUAGCAACAAUUCGAGACAAUGGAAUCCCUCCUUGUUCAAAUAAAAUGAAAAUUGACAUUAUUGUACUCGAUGAGGAAACGCCCGUUUUUGAAGAACAGAGUUAUGAGACCACUAUACCAGAAAAUAUACCUUUACAUUCACCGAUCCCCUUAACCCUGAAAGCACUUUCCCCUUUAAAUAAUGAUAUAAUUUACUCAAUCGAAGAAGGCGAUUUAUAUGAAGAUUUCUAUGUAACAUUUGGUGCAGGAUCUUAUGCUGGGACUAGUCCUUGUGUUGUUAAAGUCCAGACUAAGCUUGAUUAUGAAGACACAAAAAAAUACACGCUAACGAUGAAAGCGACUGAUGCCGUUACAAACAAAUUUUCCAACGUUCUUCUUCAUUUGUACAUCAGUGAUGUUAAUGAUAACGCUCCAAUUUUUGAGAUGGGAAUUUAUAACAUAUCUGUCAUCAAGACGUUAUCUAUUGGAGGUUUAAUCACUCAAAUUGAAGCCAAAGAUAAUGACACAGGCAUGGCAGGGGUUGUUCGGUAUGUGAUCGAUCCUGAUCAAAGUGAAUCAAUGAACUUCUUUCAUAUACGUUCUGAAACUGGUGAAAUAUUUCUUAAAAAGCCUCUUAACUAUGAAUUAAAAAAGAAACACCAUUUUGUUGUAAAAGCUAUCGACGCAGGUUCACCUCCUUUAUCGUCAACUGCUCACAUUUGGAUAAAUGUUAUUGAUGUUCUGGACACAGCACCACAAGUUAUUCAACCUAUAGAAGGCUUACUGUAUGGUUCAGAUGUAACACGUGGUCAGUUUGUGUCAUUUAUACGUGCAUAUCAUACAGCAAAUGUUACAAAAUUUAAGUAUUCAUUAUUGAAUUAUAAUCACGCUUUUCAUCUGGAUAAAGAGAAUGGCAUUCUUAUUGUUGCAAAUCCAAAAAAUAUAUCUGUACACGAUUUCUCUUUAAAUAUAUCAGUUAGCGACGGUGUUUACACUACAACAACUCAUCUUGACAUCAACAUUACCCCAUUUAAUCAGCAUAAUCCUUAUUUCGACAAAUUAAUUCACGAGGUGACAAUUAAAGAAAACGUUGUUCCCGGAUCUCACGUUAUUACGCUUCAUGCUGAAGAUGCUGAUGUUGAUAUGUUUGGGUUAAUCGAGUAUGAAAUACCAUCGCAAGAAAUCCUACGUGUAUUUAACAUCAACAAGAAGACCGGUGAAAUUAAAACAAAAUUACCUCUUGACAAAGAAUCAAAAAGCUAUUAUGAAUUCAUCGUACUUGCAAUAGACAAUGGAAAACGCACAGGAUUUACAACAGUAUGUGUGACUCUUUUGGAUUCCAAUGACAAUCCACCUGUAUUUUCAUCGCCAGCUUAUUCUGCCACAAUAUUUGCAAAUACUUCUAUGAACACUCCAUUUCUAAAAGUACAUGCAACAGACAUGGAUGAAAGUACAAUAAAUUACUCUAUUUUGUCGAAUCGAAAGCACAAUGGAAUAUUUUCAAUUCAUGAAACAACUGGAGAAAUUACACUAACAACAUCGAUUGAGUCGCAAAAUGAUGCUGCAUAUCAGUUUUUUGUAAGGGCGACAGAUACAGCAAGCCCGUCUUUUUUCAGUGAUGUAUCUGUUACAAUUAUUGUCACUUCAAACAGUUUUCCAUCAUUCUUUCUCAAAGAAAAAUCACACACAUUCUUCAUGUCUGAAGCGGCUGCACCAGGAUCAAUAAUAACCCAAUUAAAUGCAAACAGUGAAAUAAACGUAAAUUUUACCCUACUUGGUAAUGAAUCGAUGAUUUUUGAAAUAAAUAAAGAAGGACAGGUUUCUACAAAGAAACACUUAGACCGUGAAGAAAGAGCUCUUCACAGGAUCACAAUACUCUGUGAGACAGUAACCAAUCCAUCAUUCGCAUUUACGUAUCACAUUACAUUGCACAUUUUGGACAUGAAUGACAAUCAGCCAAUUUUUGAAACCAAAGAAUACAACGCUUAUAUUGUCGAAGGCACAGCAGAAGGUACACCAGUGAUGAAAGUAACAGCUAAUGAUGCUGAUGAAGGAAAGAAUGGAGAAAUUCAUUAUUGGCUUGAAGACGGGAUGGGACAUUUCACUCUGGACAGAUCGACAGGAUGGAUUUUGACACUGAAUCCUCUUGACUGGGAAAAGCAAACAGAAUAUACAUUGACAGUGGUUGCAUUUGAUAAUGGUAGUCCAGCGUUAAGCGGAAAAUGUACGAUUAACAUUCACGUUAUUGACAUUAAUGACAACCCACCAUCAUUUGUAAAACAACUUUGGAACAUAUCAGUGGCAGAAGAUGUUCAUAUAGGUACACCAUUACUAUCCUUACAAAUAAGUGACAUAGACUCUUCUGAGCUACCUCUCAAAUAUUUUGUCAUCGCUGGUGACAAUGACUGUAAUUUCAAUGUCAAUAGCUCAGGCGUACUUUACCUGACAAGAUCACUCGAUAGGGAAUACAUAGACAACUAUAUGUUAACGAUAUUAGCCACUGAUGGGAAAUUUACAGCAUUGACUAAGAUCGCUGUGGAAGUGACAGAUGUCAAUGAUGAAAAACCUCAAUGCAAAAAGUCUGUCUACAAGAUCCAAGUUCCUGAAGAUGUGCCUCGUAACUCUUUUAUUACUUCUAUCGAAGCUUUUGAUUUAGAUAUUAAGCAAAAGUUUAAAUUUCUUCUACACGGAGAUCAUAGUGAACAUUUCACACUAAAUAAUUUAACUGGUGAGUUAAAAACCAGAAAGUUACUUGAUCGUGAAAGAAUACCUCAAUAUAACUUAGUUGUGGAUGUUGUGGAUGAUGAUAAAAAUAAUAAAAUGUGGAAAUGUCAGUCUGAAGUCAUUGUAACUAUUAUCGAUGUGAAUGAUAGCCCACCGAGAUUCAUGUCGAGCAAUCUUUCUGCCACUAUACUUGAAAACGCUAAGGCUGGCUCUAUAAUCACCCAAAUCCAAGCUACCGAUGAUGACUUAGGUGUAAAUUCAAGAGUGAGAUAUGGAAUGUCUUCUUCAAAAAAUUUCAUGAUUUCUCCCAAAACUGGUCUCAUUCAGCUGACAAAAAAUCUUGAUCGUGAAGUACAGGAUAAGUACACAUUGACGGUCACAGCUUCUGACCAAGGCAUUCCAAAACUAUCGACGACUGCAACAAUGGUUAUUAGCGUUCUUGAUGUCAAUGAUAAUCCUCCAAUUUUUCCUAAAAAGGUUUAUUCAGUCAAAAUCCCUGAAAAUAUCCAGAUAAAUGUGGAAAUUUUGAAAUUGGAAGCAUUCUCUGCCGAUAUAGGUUUAAAUGCUGAAAUAUUUUAUUCCAUUGUGAACGGAAACGAUGAUGGUAAAUUUUCAUUGGAUCCAAAAUCAGGAAUUUUGUCUGCUGUUCAGUUUCUUGAUUAUGAACUAGUCAAAACUUAUUUACUUACGGUAGAAGCUACCGAUAGAGGUGAACCACCCCUUUCUAGUCAGGCUUUGGUAAACAUUACUGUGAUUGACUCAAACGACAAUAUUCCCAUAUUCAUGCAAAUCAUUUACACAACUUCAGUUUAUGAAAAUGUUAAUGUAGGAAGUACAAUUUUACAGAUACUUGCAACUGAUGUCGACAGUGGAGAUAAUGGAAGAAUAGUCUACAGCAUAGAAAACGGAGAUAUUCAUCAUCAGUUUACUGUUGAUCCUGUUAAUGGUUAUAUAACAGUUUCCAAACCUUUAGACCGAGAAAAGAUCUCAAAUUACAAAUUAUCAGUAAAAGCAACUGAUUUAGGAAAACCACCAUUGUCAACCGCUGUGACUGUGAAUAUUGAAAUUCUUGAUAUUAAUGAUAAUCCUCCACUUUUUUCUAAGUUGAACUAUUCGGCGAUAAUUCAGGAGGGAAAAGCUGGUGGUUGGUCUAUUAUCAAACUGAGUGUGACAGAUUCAGACUCUGGAAAUAACAGUGGCCCGUACAGAUUUGAUAUAAUUGAAGGCAACGAGGACAAAUUGUUCAAAAUCAGUAGUGACGGUACAAUCAGGACUGUACAAAGACUAGCCCAUCAUGCCCAGCAUGUUUUUCAUUUAAAAAUAAGAGUGUUUGACAGUGGGGUUCCACCUUUCUUCUCCGAUGCAGCAGUAACUAUCAGGGUUGUCGAAGAAUCUCAAUUUCCACCUUCUUUAACACCAAAGGAUGUCAUCGUUCUUUCCUAUGAGGACAAUUUAAAGUCAUGUUCAUUGGGCCAAGUUCAUGCCAAAGACCCUGAUCAGUACGAUACGCUCACAUAUUUGCUGGAUAAAGAAACCAACGGAUUCAGUUUAGAUCCACAAUCGGGUGAAAUAACGCUUUCUAAUCUUGACACAGGACAAUACAAACUAAACGUGACUGUAACAGAUGGAAAGUUCAGUUCGAGUGGUACAGUGAAUAUUAAUAUUCAACCACUAUUUGCAGAUAUGCUCUUAUCAUCUUUUAGCUUCAGGGUGAAAGGGAUGAGUUCAAAAAAUUUUGUGCUCACUGGACGUAAAAAUAUCCUGCGUAUGCUCAAACAAUUUCUCAAGACAGAAAUAUAUUUGCUCAGUAUUCAACCAGCAAACAAGGACGUUGAUGUGCUCUUGUCCUUUCAAGAGAACAUAUCCCUUAAAGAGUUUAAUACUGCACUUAUUAACUGUGGACUCCCCACAAGCAUUUUAAAGUGCAGUUGCCAAAAUGAAGGAAGUUGCCGACAACGAAUCUCAUUAAUCCAGCAGAAAAUGAUAACAACGAGCACAGAAAUGUUCAGUUUUGUUGCACCUGCACAUUCACACAGAAUGUAUUGCGCUUGCUUGCCCUCUUAUACAGGUGAGGCAUGUGAACUUAAUUUGGAGAAGGACUGUGACUGUCCUCCUCCAACUGUCUGUUCACAUCAGGGAGGGACAAGAGGCUAUUUCAUGUGUGCAUCUGCACCUCCUGUUGCUCCGCUCUGUGCAGAAAAUCAUACCUGCAACUCUUCUAGCCAAAGUUCAAUGGACCAAUUCACUUUUAGCUACACAUAUAUUAUAAUUGUUAUUAUUGCAAUUCUAGCCAUUUCCAUUCUUGCAAUAUCCAGUGUUAUUUUGUGGAAAUGCCAAAAGCAUAGAAGUAGGGAAAAUGCCAAUGGGAAAAAAGUAGCCAUUGACCCUGAUUCUAUCUGCAAUUCCAAAAUUAACAAUCUCAAAUUUUCUCAGUCAAGAGAUCGACCUUCCUCAUAUAAUUGUGGAACUGACACACUGUACACGGCACUACCGCUCAACAACCUUGACAAUAUUAGAAGUGGUUCAGGGGAAGAAUUAGGAAACAGCAGCUGUAGUUUUCUUCAGAAUUUAAACAAGAGCUCAGAUAAUUUAAAAAUCAAUAAUGAUUUUAAAAAUAGCAACUCCAUGAGAAAUAGCUUCACUAAUCCUGAAGAAGAAACAAGACUGAUGCAAGGAUACCAAUGGGAACAAAAUGACACUCCACGACCUAAAGUUGUUACCUUUAUGACUGAUGAAAAGAUUGAUGUAGAUUCACCUGGUCCAAGCACUAGCCCACAUGUAAUAAUACAAGACAUAACUGUUCAAGUAAAUGAUAACAUAGACGAUAGGACUGCGGACUAUGGAUUAUCUUAUGGAUUUCCACACCAAAGAAAUAUUUCCCAAAGAAUUAGUGGUAUCGAUGAGCCCAAAAUCAUAUCAUAAUUAUUGUAUAAAUGUAUGUAUUCAUGGACAUAAGAUGUAUAUGGAAAUUACUUAUUUUUUGUACAA